AUGCAUAUGUCUGACUAUGGCCCUCAGUACUGCGACGUCCGCAUUCCUGAAGCCAGAGAGAAACACAAACCGGUGUCAUGUCCCGAUAAGAUCCUCACAGCCUUCUGUCAGCUGGGCGCUCUGCGGAUGAGGGCCCGCCGUUGUUUGAUAUUCUUCUUCGAUGUCAAUCACGCCUACAUCAUGGCUGAGGCGACACAAACACUGUCACUCGAAAAUGAUGCGAUACACGAACCCGGCGAUGAGAUCUGGAUGGGUCACUCCAUCAUCCCGCGCGAUGUAGCCUGUUGUGAGACCACCGUCAACCUUCCUUCAUUUCCAAUCACUGCAGCAGCAGAUGGCGACAUUAGGAAAAGCGCAUUCGUAGUAAACGACUUGACCAAGCAUCCGGAUCUGUCUACCAGGCCGUACGUUACUGACUUUCCUAAUGGCCGAUUCUACGCCGGCGUGCCAAUUACUACACCAUCUGGAGUCAACAUCGGCGCAUACUGCAUCCUGGACGACAAAGUCAGAGACGGAAUCUGUGAGAAGGACCUCGGCUUCUUGCGCGACAUGUCGCAGACUGUUGUGAACCAUCUCGAGUCUGUGCGAGCCCUCUCAGAGCGGCAGCAAACCAAUCGCAUGGUGGCUGGGCUUGGAGAUUUCGUGCGCGGGACUUCGGGCGCUGCCCGCAAUGCGCCGCCAGCAACUCACAUGGUCCCAAAUAAGGGCGGCGCAGGAGCCCAACAAUCCUCCUCUGUUCAGUAUCGCCUUCCAGAUGCAUUAAUAGAAACUGCCAGAACACCCGCUACGGCGUCAUCACAGUCAGCAGGAGGAUAUUUCACCAGUCAGUAUCGAUCGAGUUCGCCGGCCGACCACGCUCAAGUAUCCGAGAAGCCCUCUGCUCGUCUCCAGCAAUCAAGCGACCACAGCGCGUCGUCUCAAGCAAUGAAUGGGACAGACGCGCUGCCCGGUGCUAGGGCGCGGACUGCGCCUGAGAAUACAUCGAAGCGUACUGCGUCUUCGUUGGAAAGGUUCAUGACCCGUCCCCCGCCUCGCCCACGAGACGACCCCGAAAGCCUUAAUAGUACGUAUCAGCGUGCAGCGGAAAUCCUAUGUCAGUCACUCGAACUAGACGGUGUUGCCUUUCUCGAUGCGUCUGUCCGCACAUUUGGUGGGCUGAGCGAAACACAGAGUACGGAGUCCAACGAGGGGAGCAACGCCGAUAGCGAAGACUCGGCAGGCUCGCUCUCAUAUUCGGAAUCUAUACCCAAGCCACGAGCGAAAGAUUCAAAGGUUUGCCAAGUCCUGGGAUGUGCACAAACAACGCGAAACGACACCAUGAGGACAAGACAUCCUACGGGCGAGCCUCCCACAAAGUUGACAGAAUCGUUCCUUCGUAGGCUCAUGCGUCGGAAUCCACAUGGAAAAGUGUGGAAAUUCGAUGAAGACUUCAAGAUGUAUUCAGAAGACGACUUUUCCUCGGAUGGGUCUGGAGCGAGCACCCAACAACGGAAAUUUGCCCAUCGCGAUCGACGGAACGAUGGAGAGAUCUUGCAGCAGGCAUUUCCUGGGUCCCGAUGCAUCGCUCUCAAUGGCAUCUGGGAUUACACGAAAAAGCGUUGGGCAAUCGCGGGCCUGUACUGGACUUGCGAUCCACUCAGGAACAUCGCCAAAGACACCGAGAUGCAGUUCGUCGAUGCUUUCUGUGACAUUAUUGUGGCAGAAAUGAAGCGUCUAGAGGUGGUAGGCACUGACAAAGCCAAGUCAGACUUCAUUUCCACCGUAUCUCAUGAACUUCGCUCCCCGUUACAUGGCAUUUUGGGAUCGUGCGAGCUGUUAUCAGAGCACGGUCUAGACGAUGCAGCCACGGCUUUUGUCGAACAAAUCAAUUCGUGCGGACGUACCCUACUGGAAAUCAUCGAACAUCUUCUUGAUUUCGCAGAUCUUAAGAGCCGACGUUUGAGAAAAGGUGUUGUAAAGAGCUCAAGAAUCAGCCAGAAGCAGCUACCACCCACAGUGACCUCUGCUGCCGAUGACCUGAAAGCAUUAGACGCGAACAUCGAGCUCGAUACUUUGACGGAAGACGCCGUCGUAUCUUCCGUGUACUCCUUCUACUACGGUGGAAACGCGAAAGAUCACACUCACCCUCCGGUCAUUCUCGACAUUGAUCGAUCCGAUGGGAAGCACUGGCAUUGCAGCUUAGCCACGGGUGGCUGGAAGCGUGUUUGCAUCAAUCUCGUCACCAACGCACUCAAAUAUACGCCUUCCGGAUUUGUUCGUGUCUCCCUGAAGCAGGAACCCAAGGCCGGGUCACGACGACGCUUUGACGCUGUACUUGCUGUAUCCGACACUGGGAAAGGCAUGUCGAAGAAGUUCCAAAGCGAUCAUCUUUUCCAUGACUUUGCCCAGGAAGACACAUUGUCGGAUGGUUUGGGCCUGGGCAUGCACAUUGUCUCCCGGAUAGUAUACGCGAUGGGUGGUAGUAUCGACGUUGUAAGCGAUCAACAUGGCACCGGUACUUGCGUAACUGUGCGUGUACCGCUAGAAGAUCAUCAGCACAAUGACCAUCGCACCGAGGCCUCGAACAAAAGCAGCAUCACGCCGAAGGUCAUCGAAGGCCUGAAGAUUGGUCUCGUCACGGGAGCGAAUUCCGAAGCCAAUGUCGAAGAUGGUCCGAUCGAUGCAGCUUCUGCAUUAGCCAUCUCUUCUAUCGAAAACAUUCUCAAGUGCUUGAGCGUGCAGUCCGAGCGAUGUAAUUGGCGACGCGGCAGUCCAUACGACCUUGUGAUCGUUAUGGAGGCUGACAUAAAUGAUUGCCUUGCGACACUUCGAGAUGGAAGAUCAGCAGAUGUUAGUGCUGCACAAGACGUCGGCCGUCUUCCGUCUGUGCUUGUUAUAUGCAACAACACUCCAAGCGCACGAUUGAUGGGUGACCGGUGGGCGACGGACGAUCUUCGGUCUCUCCUGACCAUGCACCAUCUUGCUCUACCUUGUGGCGUCAAACAGGUGGCUCGAACUCUAUCGGCCAUUGUCCGCCUGCACGAGAAGCGUACAACAGCAAUCUCGGAAAAGCCAAAGGCUCAUGAAGAGCUGAAGAACAACGACUCAACAACUGGCAUUGCACAGCACGAUGCCAGUAUGCAUCAUCAACUUCAAGUACGAUCUCUUGCCUCAUUAUCGAUCACAAAUGCAACACCUGUGGUAGAGCAAGCCGGGAUUCGUUCAGCAGAUUCGCCGUAUAAGAACACAAAAGCACUGCCAGUGCUAGAACCACCGGUAGAGGCCCGACUGAUCCACUCGCCGAGCGGCCGCGUGUUGGACCCGAAAGCGCUCUCGCACACACCAUCUGUCUGGACGCCCAUGCUGGAAGCCCUUCCGAUCGAAGUACCCCCCAGCUCAGUAGAGAAGCCAACUACCAAGACACCAACCCUGCUUCUCGUUGACGACAACAACGUCAAUCUCAAGCUUCUCGCUGCCUUUGCUAAGAAACAUAAGUAUCCUCAUAUGACCGCCCAGGAUGGUCAGCUUGCUGUCGACGCAUUCGAAAACGCUCACAGAAGUGUCAUUUCACAGCAAAACAUUGGGUCGCAGGCGAUAGACACGGUCGCAUCCGGCAUACCAAAUGUAAUCCUUAUGGACAUCAAUAUGCCGGUCAUGGACGGGUAUGAGGCUGUUCAACAAAUCCGGGCGUACGAAAAGAAACACCACAUGACGGCAUCGAAGAUCAUUGCCGUUACUGCGCUGCAAUCGGAAGCCGCGCGGGCUGAAGCGUUCGGUAGUGGCUUCAACAUGUUCCUGAGCAAGCCGAUCAAAUUAAAGGAUCUAGCGAAGCUUGUUGUACUGUAA